AUGCACUUUAAAAAAUAUUUAGCUAUUUUUGUAAUAUUUGCAAUCUUUGCAAUUCAAUUUACUGUACAAAGUUCUGAAAAUGAUGUUUCUACAAACAAUGGAUCAAAUGAAGAAGAAAAUAACGAAAUUAUAGAAAAAUCAGAAUCAUCAAGAUCAUCAUCAAGUUCUUCUGAAGAACAAAAUGUAGUUACAGUACCACCACAAGUUCCUGAAUAUGAUGAAGAAACAACUAUAGCUACUAGUUUAACAGAGAAAACAACAAAAAAAGAAAACAGUUUUAAAUCUAGAGUGAGCAAUUUUGGAAAAAAUUUAAAAAAUAAAUUUAGUGAAAAAAAUGAAAAAAUUAAAGCUAAAUUACAAGAAACUGGAGCAAAAAUGAAGGAAUUAGGAGGAAGAAUAAAAGACAAAACUGUAGGUUCACAUGCUGGAAAUAAAGUUAAAAAAUUUGGUAAAAAUGUUAAAGACAGCUUGUUUAGUAUUGGAUCAGGAAUUAAAGGCAAAUUAGCUAAACUUUUUUAA